CUCGCAGUCCGAGCUCAACCUGGAGGCGGGAGGAGGACCCACCGCGGGGGGCGUGAAGGUUGACGGCGGCGGCGUGACCCUGGUGGUUCCCCCGAGGCAGCAAGCCGCCCACGACGUCUUCAGGAUCAUCAAGAAGGAAGUCGAGCUCCCGACGCCCGCCCACUCCGCCUCCGCCCACAACAAGAACCUGAGCCUCACCGCCCGCGACGUGGAGAGGGACCGUGGGCGUCCUCUCACGAAAUACGAGAGAAAUAUGAUGAUUUUCAACUGGCUCCAGACACUCGAGGAAACCGCCUACGAGAUGAUGUCGUGAAGGAGGAGGAAGAGGGGGUGGGAGGAGAUGGAACAGGAAGAGGAAGAGGAGAGAGAAGAAGAGAAUUACGACAUGGUGUACUAAGAGUGGUGAAAGAGGAAGAGUUGAAUAGGAAUACAAGAUAAGUCAAAUAUGAAAGAUGUGUAAGAAACGAACGAAGAUGGAGAAAGAAAUAG